GGGAGAGCGGUCAGCGCAGCCCCUCUACCCCCACAUUGCUGGGGCUGCAGAAAAGGCCUGGCGGGGGUCGCGGGCGCCCGGCCACGCCCCGCGCUGAGUGACGUCACGGCCGCGCCGCUGCGUCCCGCUCGCGCGCUCCCCUCGGCGCCGCGGUGCGUGCGUUCCCGCGUGCGCUGGGCUCUGUGCCAGGAAGCGCUGUGAGCGCUGCGGCGUCUAGGCGGAGAGGCGCGCCCUGAGUCUCCGGCGGACUCCUGGAGGCGGGCCGUGCGCGGAGGCGACGGUGAGGGCGGACCUAUUGCUGUCUGGGGAGCUCGGCGCCGCUCUGGUAUUAAUGGUUCACUGAAGGAAAGUUGUACGUCUCUCUCAGAAUUGCCUCAUCAUGAGAAAUCUAAAGUUGGUUCAGACUCUGGAGUUCAAGGAUAUUCCAGCACCAGGGAAACCUCAGUGCUUCUGUCUCCGAAUUGAACAGAGUACAGUCCUCAUUGGUUCAGAAUGUGGGCUGAUAGAAGUAAAUCCUGUCACAAGAGAAGUGAAAACUGAAAUUUCUUUGGUGGCAGAAGGCUUUCUUCCAGAGGAUGGAAGUGGCUGCAUUGUUGGUGUUCAGGACUUGCUGGAUCAAGAGUCUGUGUGUGUGGCCACAGCCUCUGGAGAUGUCCUUCUCUGCAAUCUCAGCACACACCAGCUGGAAUGUGUUGGGAGUGUGGCCAGUGGCAUCUCUGUCAUGAGCUGGAGUCCUGACCAAGAGCUGGUGCUUCUUGCCACAGGUCAGCAGACUCUGAUCAUGAUGACAAGAGACUUUGAACCAAUCAUGGAGCAGCCAAUUCACCAGGAUGAUUUUGGUGAAAGCAAGUUUGUCACUGUCGGCUGGGGCAAGAAGGAGACACAGUUCCAUGGAUCAGAAGGCAGGCAAGCAGCCUUUCAGAUGCAAACGCACGAGUCUGCUUUACCCUGGGAUGACUGUAGAGCACAAGUCACCUGGCGUGGCGAUGGACAGUUUUUUGCUGUGAGUGUUGUUUGUCCAGAAACAGGGGCUCGCAAGGUCAGAGUAUGGAGCCGGGAGUUCGCUUUGCAUUCGACCAGUGAGCCGGUGCCAGGACUAGGACCAGCCCUGGCCUGGAAACCCUCGGGGAGUUUGAUUGCAUCUACACAAGAGAAACCCAAUGGGCAGGAUGUUGUGUUUUUUGAGAAAAACGGACUUCUUCAUGGUCACUUUAUGCUUCCCUUCUUCAAGGAUGAGGUUAAGGUAAAUGACUUGCUGUGGAAUGCAGAUUCCUCUGUGCUUGCUGUUUGGCUGGAAGACCUUCAGAGGGAAGAAGAUUUUGCUUUGAAAACCUAUGUUCAGCUCUGGACUGUUGGAAACUAUCACUGGUAUCUCAAACAAAACCUGUCCUUCAAUACCAGUGUGAAGAGCAGGAUUGUGUCUCUGAUGUGGGACCCAGUGAUCCCAUACCGGCUGCAUGUCCUCUGUCAAGGCUGGCAUUACCUCUGCUAUGACUGGAACUGGACAACUGACCGGAGCUCAGGAGAUAAUUCAAGUGACUUGGCAAACGUGGCUGUCAUUGAUGGAAAUAAGGUGCUGGUGACAGUCUUCCGGCAGACUGUGAUCCCGCCCCCCAUGUGCACGUACUGCCUGCUGCUUCCACAUCCAGUGAAUCAAGUCACAUUCUUUGCACACUCUAAAAAAAGUAACGACCUUGCUGUUCUAGAUGACAGUAACCAGAUUUCUGUGUAUAAAUGCGGUGAUAGCCCAAGUGUGGACCCCACAGUGACACUGGGAGCUGUGGGUGGAAGUGGAUUUAAAGUUCCUCUUAGAACACCUCAUCUGGAAAAGAGAUACAUAAUUCAGUGUGUGAAUGCUGAAGAUGAAGAAGUAAAUCCACUGAAACUCACCUUUCUCACCUGGAUUGAGGAAGACAGUUUCCUGGCUGUCAGCCACAGUCAGUUAAGCCCCCAGUCUGCUGUUCACCGGCUGACAGUAGCCCCUUCUGAGCUGGGUGAGGAGCAAGAACAGCUCCUCGUCAGCUCAUCUGUGACAGUGGAUGGGAUUAUAACCAGUCUGUGCUGCAGUCCCAAGACCAAGUCCGUAGCAUUGCAGCUGGCUGAUGGCCAGAUACUUAAGUGCCUUUGGGAGUCACCUUCUUUGGCUGUUGAACCAUGGAUGAGCCCUGGUGGAUUUCCUAUUCGAUUUCCUUAUCCAUGCACACAGACUGAAUUGGCGGUGAUCGGAGGAGAGGAAUGUGUCCUUGGUCUAACUGAUAGAUGUCGCUUUUUCGUCAGUGACACUGAGGUUGCAUCAAAUAUCACAUCAUUCACACUGUAUGAUGAAUUUUUAUUGUUGACAACCCAUUCUCAUACCUGCCAGUGUUUUUCCUUGAGAGAUACUUCACUGAAAACGUUACAGGCAGGUCUGUGCAGCAGUCAGGUGGCUAAUGGUGAAGUUCUGCGGAAGGUGGAGAGGGGUUCUCGGAUUGUCACAGUUGUGCCCCAGGACACAAAGCUCAUAUUACAGAUGCCGAGGGGGAAUUUAGAAGUUGUUCAUCAUCGAGCCCUAGUUUUAGCUCAGAUUCGGAAGUGGUUGGACAAGCUGAUGUUUAAGGAAGCGUUCGAAUGCAUGAGAAAGCUAAGAAUUAACCUCAAUCUGAUUCAUGACCACAACCCUAAGGUAUUUCUUGAAAAUGUGGAAACCUUUAUUAGGCAGAUAGAUUCUGUAAAUCACAUUAAUUUAUUUUUCACAGAGUUAAAGGAGGAAGAUGUCACAAGGACCAUGUACCCUCCUCCGCUUACCAGCAGUGCCCAGCUGCCCAUGGAUCCCACUGUGAAAAAACUCGACCUCAUCUGUGAUGCAAUGAGAGCAGCCAUGGAGAGCAUCAACCCUCAUAAGUACUGCCUAUCAAUACUCACGUCUCAUGUGAAGAAAACUACCCCAGAGCUGGAACUUGUGCUGCAGAAGGUACACGAGCUUCAAGAGAAUGGCCCAUCUGUUCCUGAUGCUGUGAGUGCAGAAGAUGCCUUAAAGUAUUUGCUCCUUCUGGUAGAUGUUAAUGAGUUAUAUGAUCAUUCUCUUGGGACCUAUGACUUUGAUUUGGUCAUCAUGGUAGCUGAAAAGUCCCAGAAGGAUCCCAAAGAAUAUCUUCCAUUUCUGAAUAUGCUUAAGAAAAUGGAGACUAAUUACCAGAGGUUCACGAUAGACAAACACUUAAAAAGAUAUGAAAAAGCCAUUGGUCACCUCAGCAAGUGUGGACCUGAAUACUUUCCAGAGUGCUUAAAUUUAAUAAAAGAUAAAAACUUGUAUAAGGAAGCUCUGAAGUUAUAUCUACCAAGCACACAGCAGUACAAGGCUGUCUGCUUUGCAUAUGGGGAGUACCUGACACAAGAGCACCAGCAUGAGAUGGCGGGGCUUUUGUUUGCCCGCUGUGGUGCUUACAAAGAAGCACUCUCGGCCUUUCUGGCUUGUGGCAGCUGGCAGCAAGCCCUCUGCAUGGCAGCCCAGCUUCACCUGCCCAAGAACCAGCUGAUUGAGCUAAGCAGGACUCUGGCAGGAAAGCUAGCUGAACAGAGAAAGUACAGUGAGGCAGCCACAGUUCUGGAGCAGUAUGCCCAGGAUUAUGAAGAAGCUGUUCUCUUGCUGUUAGAAGGAGCUGCCUGGGAAGAAGCUCUGAGAAUGGUAUACAAAUAUAACAGACUGGAUAUUAUGGAAACCAAUAUAAAACCUUCCAUUUUAGAAGCCCAGAAAAAUUACAUAGCAUUUUUGGAUUCUCAAACUACCACAUUCAGUCGCCAUAAAAAACGCUUGCUGGUGGUUCGAGAGCUCAAGGAACAGGCACAGCAGGUGAAUCCUGAUGAUGAUGUGUCCCGUGCUCAAGAGUCCGACCUCUUCUCAGAAACCAGCAGUGUUGUGAGUGGCAGUGAGAUGAGUGGCAAAUACUCCCACAGUAACUCCAGGAUAUCAGCGAGAUCUUCUAAGAAUCGCCGCAAAGCAGAGCGGAAGAAGCACAGCCUCAAAGAAGGGAGUCCACUGGAGGACCUGGCUCUUUUGGAGGCAUUAAAUGAAGUGGUACAAAGCACUGAAAAAUUGAAAGAUGAAGUACACUGCAUUUUGAAGGUGCUCUUUCUCUUUGAGUUUGAUGACCAAGGAAGGGAAUUACAGGAGGCCUUUGAGGGUGCUUUGCAGCUGAUGGAAAGGUCACUUCCAGAAAUUUGGACUCUCACCUACCAGCAGAACCCAGCCAUACCUAUUCUAGGUCCCAAUUCUACUGCAAAUAGUAUCAUGGCAUCUUAUCAACAGCAGAGGACUACAGUUCCUGUUCUUGAUGCUGAGCUCUUCGUACCACCGAAGAUGGACAGAAGAACCCCGUGGAAACUGAGCCUGCUAGAGUGAUUGGUGCAGUAGGAAGGCUCCCGCAAAGCCUGCUCUUUCUUGUUCCUGUUGUCCUUCCAUCCUGGCUCCUGGAAAGCCUGGCAGUUGAGAACUGGGAAGUGUGACAGUUAGCAGUGCCUACAGCUGCUGUGUGCAUCGGACCUAGGCAGACCACCGGCAGCUCUUUUCUUGCUUUGGUGUACAUCUUAGUCACUAACAAAACUUUUAAGUGUUAGCCAAUAUAUCA